GACUACUGCAGUUGUAUUUGGGUGUAAGUUGGCAGCCGGAGAGUCGCAGCGACAGGCUUUUCCCUCUCCCCUCCUGCGCUUGGACAGUGGAAUAAUGAGCAGAGCUGAGCCAGCCUCUAUCGCCCUGUGUUGAGUCCUGUUCCCGUGUACGCGCACCGAGAGAGAGCCGAGGCGACCAUGGACACCGGAGUCCGCAUCCUGCUGGCUUUCCUCUUCCACCAGGUUACCUAUGUAGAUGGCCAAGAGGAAAGAAGCCAUGACGGCUGUGCGCCUGGUUUCCAGGUCAGAACCUACCAGGUGGUGUACAGUGGACCUUUCCAGAAAGGCCAGCCAAUUACACAAGUUGAGUUCGACGACUGUGCAGGAAAUGAGGAUUUGUCAUUUGAUGUGUCAGAUCCCAGUUUCCAUGUGGACGGGGAUUUGAAUCUGGUUCCUCUGCGGGAUGUUCUGCACGGUGGUCCAGUCUUGUUUAUCCAUGGGCACAGUGCACAUGCAGAUGACGUUGCACAAGUGGAUGUCACUGGACACUCGCUUCCGUCUGCACACACUCUAAGGGAUAUCCUGGGUCUCGGCCAGAAGCUGCCACACAGAUCUAAGAGAUCCAUGCUGGUCCCGCCUGUGAUUGUAACAGAGAAUCAGAGACCUCCGUUUCCCAGGAUCAUUGGCAAGUCUCACGUAAUUUCACCAGAAAAGCCUGGGAACCAUAUCUUUCGACUGACAGGCCAUGGUGCUGACCAGGAUCCCAGAGGUCUGUUUACCAUCGACAUAGACACAGGAGACGUGUCAGUCAGCCGCUCACUGGACCGAGAGGCCGUUGAAUCCUACCAGCUGGAAGUUUCCACGACAGACUUUACUGGGAACAUCAUUGAAGGUCCUGCAAUACUUGUGAUCACCGUCAUUGACCAAAAUGAUAACCGGCCCAUCUUCAAUGAAGCCCGUUACACAGGAGAGGUGCUCGAGGGAUCCCCCACUGGUACUACAGUGAUGACGAUGACGGCCUUUGAUGCUGAUGACCCUGCCACGGACAACGCAGCGCUGCGUUACAACAUCAUCAGGCAGUCGCCAGACAAACCUUCCCCGAACAUGUUCUACAUCGACGCAGAAAGAGGCGACAUCGUCACCGUCAUUUCUCCCAUGUUACUCGACAGAGAGACACUUCCAACUACAACAUACGAGUUAGAGAUCGUGGCCAAGGACAUGGCAGGGAGUGAAGUGGGCUUAACAGGAACAGCGACGGCUACCAUUACCAUCACAGAUAAGAAUGACCAUGCCCCUGAGUUCACACAUCCACUGUUCGAGACUCGUGUGCAUGAGGGUUCAACAGGCGUUGUGGUCAACUUGACAGUUGACGACAGAGACGACCCAGCAACAGGGGCAUGGAGAGCCACUUACUCUAUAAUCAGUGGAGAUCCCACCCGGAGCUUUGAGAUCCAAACCAACCCUGACAAUAAUGAGGGAAUGUUGUCAGUUGUCAAGCCUCUUAAUUAUGAGGCCACUGCAUUCCAUACACUACUCAUCAAAGUGGAAAAUGAGGAUCCUCUGGUUCCCCAUGUCGGCUACGGCCCCAGCUCCACAGCUACGGUCCACUUCACGGUAGAGGAUAUCAAUGAGGGCCCCGUGUUCUUCCCAGACCCCCUGAUUGUCACCAGGAUGGAAAACAUCCCCGUGGGCAGCUUUGUGGCCUCACUCAAUGCUACAGACCCAGACAUACUGGAGAUGCAAAGUAUAAGAUAUGCUGUUCUGCGUGACCCAGCAGGCUGGCUGAGUGUGAACCCCGUCAGAGGAACUGUCAACACCUCAGCUGCACUGGACCGAGAGUCACCUUAUGUCCAUGACAAUAAAUACACAGCCCUUUUCAUCGCCAUAGAUAACGGCUUCCCACCAGCCUCGGGUACCGGCACGCUGGUCAUUCAGCUGGAGGACUACAAUGACAACGCCCCCUACGUGGUCCCGUCCGUGGCCCAAGUGUGCGAGGAUGCCCAUGAUAUGAAUGUAGCCAUAGUUGGGGGGUGGGACAAGGACCUCCCACCCAAUACCGCUCCUUUUAAGAUAGAAUUGGGAAAACAGCCCGGCCUGGACAAAACAUGGAAGGUUACCAGAGUUAACUCUACACACUCCCAAAUCAUGCUUCUGCACAGUCUGAAGAAAGCCAACUACCAGCUCCCAUUGCUCAUCACUGACUCAGGGGUGCCCCCUUUGUCUAACAACACAGAGGUCAAAGUUCAGGUGUGCAUCUGUAAGAAGAACAGGAGGUUCUGUAGCUCUGCUAACUCCCAUCGCGCCAGCCUGCUACUGCUGCUCGCAACUCUCCUGCUUGUCCUACUCCGCCUGUAAAUUCUGCUGAACCCUCCCAUAGUUCUUUUUGCAACACUGAAAAGCAACGACUUAUCUCACCCCCACGCGACCCGGGCUUAGGAGAGAAGAAAAAGAAGAAAAAGCAAGAAGAAGUCUUCUCGAACGACGACAAAUCAAACAAGCAAAUACACACAAUUCCCCCUGGCACAACUGCUGUAAAAAGAAAUUUCUCACUUUCACUCCUGCGACUCUCACCUCCUUCUAUUCAUCUUUACUUUCCUGGUCACAUCUAUCCCUCUCUACUUCACUCUGUUCUCAUGACAGCUCCUUAUUUUUUUCCUGACUCUGCCUUUUCUCUCUACCUGCGCUCUCACUCCUGCACUUCAUUCAUCAUUGAUUAUUCCAAUUCUUUCUGCAGUUUUCAUUGUAUUCCAUUUUGGCACCUCUCUUUUGCGCUGGCAGGCAUAUACUGGGUGUUACGGUAGCUGUGUUCAUGGCAACAUGCCACAUCCGUAGGAGAUACUUGAAACAACAUGUAUAUUGAUAUUGCAACAAAACAGGAACUCUAAAUCUAAUUCAUAUCGAGCCACACCAGACCCUCCCGCCUCCUCCUCCUCCCCACUUCUACUGAAGCCAAUGCCUCCGUCUUUUGCUUUUUUUUUCCCUUCUUGCCAACUUUUCCCUCUCAUGCCUACCUCUUUUUACCUCUGCUUAAUUCUCCCUCUCCCCACCCUGCCCAUGAAAAACUAUAACCCCCUAUAAAUAAGCUCCUUCGUACCUGUCCAUCUAUUGACCUCUCUCUGUCUCUUGCUGGGCCAGGGAACGCCGCAACGGCUGCGCUGCAGUCCAGGCUGGGAAGGGCAUUGACUUUUCAAUGUGUUUCUUUGUUUUUUCGUCACAGACUGUGUUUGAUCUUGUUUCCCUCUUUAAGCAGAGAGAACAGAGCCUGUUUUCUUUGUCUGCAGUGGUUGUGGUCUUUUAGGACACGGUGGUAGCCAUAAGCCUUCAAAGUCAGAAACUCUCUGGAGUUGUUUCUUCGAUUUGCUUCUGUUUUUUUAAUUGCGUUAGUUGUCAUGGAGUGGAAAACGGUAUAUCUUUAUAGUAAUGGUGUAAACCUUAAAAAAAAAAAGUACUAUUAAAUAAAUAUUUUAUUUUUUACCAUUGUAUAAAUAUACAGUAUUGAUUAACUUAUGUACUUUGAUUGCAAGUUCUUUGGUCACCAUUUCAGUGAGUACAUCGAAAAAGAAGAGAGCUUUUUUCUGUGAAUUUUAGGUACUAUUUCUAAUGCUAUUGAUGUGUUUACAAUUCUGUUCAUUUUUCUUUAUUAUUAUUAUUUUUUUAUUUUUUUUUACUUUAAAAUCUGUGAUUAAUUGCACAAUAAGGAGUCUUGUUUUGUUGACUGCUUUUGUGUUUAGGUUUGAUUUUCUUACCCGUCAGUUCUGCCUCUCCUGUUCACUGUCCAUUCCUCAUUACAAGUCACAAGAAGCUGUAUAAGAAUAAAAGGCUGUGGUUUUGGUGAA